UGUAUGAAAGUAGUUCCGGCCACUUAACCCAAACGGAGGGGGAAAAAGUCCCGGAUGUUGGCUGUUGGCUCGGCCGCCGAGAGAAAGGCGAGAACGGGAGAGAAGCUGAAGAGAGAGGGACGCCACGGCAACACCGCGGGCACACACACAACCGGCGAAGCUACGGUUCUUUUUACAACCGGACGGUAACACCAAGAGCACCGGGACACUCCCGGGGAGCCCGCUGCUAGCUGAAGAAGAGGAGGUUGGAGGAAGGAAGAGGAGGGGGCAGUUACUGUGAAACUACCGUCAGGAUUAACACACACAGAGAGAGGAGCCGCCGAGCAGCUUUCACCCACAAGUCGACCUACAGAAGACGUCAUGCUGAUUUCUUGAGCUGAGGGAGACUUCAUCCUCAACCUGCCACUCGUCUCCGUUUGUUAUUCCACACCUGGUCCGCUCUCCAUCAGUCACCGAGCACCAACAGCAACCACCUCCACCACCACCUUUUCCCCACCCCCCCUCCUGCCCAGCCUGCCGUCACCAUGACGUCGGAGCUGGAGAGCAGCCUGACCUCCAUGGAUUGGCUCCCUCAGCUGACCAUGCAGGCGGCCAUCCGCAAGGCGGACGCCCAGAAUGCCCACGGGCCAGGCAUGGGCAAGAAGAGUGCCCUACUGGAUCCUAACACCACGCUGGACCAGGAGGAGGUGCAGCAGCACAAGGACGGCAAGCCGCCCUACAGCUACGCCAGCCUCAUCACGUUUGCCAUCAACAGCUCGCCAAAGAAGAAGAUGACACUGAGCGAGAUCUACCAGUGGAUCUGUGAUAACUUUCCCUACUACAGGGAAGCGGGCAGCGGCUGGAAGAACUCAAUACGGCACAAUCUGUCAUUGAACAAGUGUUUUCUCAAAGUGCCUCGCUCCAAAGAUGACCCAGGAAAGGGCUCUUACUGGGCCAUCGACACCAACCCAAAGGAGGACGCCUUGCCCACACGGCCAAAGAAGAGGCCGCGGUCUGGAGAGCGGGCUUCUACGCCGUACAGCCUGGAGUCGGAGUCUUUGGGGAUGGAGUGUAUGAUCUCUGGAAGUGCCUCUCCAACACUGGCAAUCAACACUGUGACUAACAAGGUGGCGUUGUACAACACAGACCAGGAAGGGAGCGAUAGUCCAAGAAGCAGCCUUAACAACAGCCUGUCUGAUCAGAGUCUGGCCUCCGUCAAUCUCAACAGUGUGGGCAGUGUGCACAGCUACACACCGGUGACCACUCACCCAGAGCCCGUGUCCCAGUCCAUGAGCCUCCAGCAGCCCCCCCAGUCCCAGUACAACAUGCCCGACAGGGACAAGCAGCUCCUGUUCUCUGAAUUUGAAGAUCUCAGUGCCUCCUUCCGCAGCCUUUACAAGUCUGUUUUUGAGCAGUCCUUCAGCCAACAAGGUCUGAUGGGCAUACCGUCGGAUUCCUCCCAGCAGACCCACACCUCCUGCUCCUAUCAGCACUCCCCCAGUGGCACCAUUAGCACUCAGAACAGCCUGUCAAACAACCAACCCAACAGCCACCCCAACAGCCACUCCGCCAACAGUGGCCAGGUGCCCCUGUCCCAUCCGGCCCAGGCCCACCCCGGCCACGGAUCGCCCCACGCACAGCACCUCCCGCAGCAGCACGGCGGCCCCCACAACCAACACAACCAACACAGCCAACACGCCCAGCACAGCCAACACAGUCAGCUCCCACAGCACCCCCAGCACGCUGCGCACUCCCAGCACGGGCAGCACCCAUCGCAGCACCCGUCCCACGGCCAGCACCCACAGCAACACACGCCGCACCCCGCCCAACACGCGCAGCACAGCCAGCACCCUUCUCAACACGGACAGCAGCAUCCGAGCCUCUCCCACCAGCCCCAUCCUACCCAGCAACAGAUGGCCUGCAACACAGGUUUACUGUCUGACUGGUACCCAAAUCUGGAUGCACUGAAAGAAAGCUGUCGUAUUGCUAGCAGCUAUAACUGGGCUGAUGUCGACCUUUCACCUUUCCAAGGAUUGAGAGACAGCAUGAGACAAGCGGAGUUGAACAACUGGUCCCUGGAACCCACCCAGAUCGCCGACCUCUGCUCGUCCAUCAACCAGUUUUUUGCCCGCACCGGCGUAAUCCAGCCACAAGGGGCAGUGCAGUCUCCUGUUUGUCACGGCUCCAUGCACCCCAGCAAACCCAGCCAGCACCUCAACGCAGGAAAUCUCUACAUGGACACCAGACAGAGCAUGUCCAUGAUGGGGCCUCCAGGAUAUCCCCACAUGUCCCCCAUGAGCGGCGCAGGACCCACAAUGACAGGACACCAUGCACAGAUGAACCAGCAGCACAUGAUACCUACCAGAAACUUCCAGAUGCAUCGCAUGCCAGCUGAUGACAUCCAGGAUGACUUUGAUUGGGACUCCAUUGUCUAGCCGCUAGACCUCCUUUUUGCAAAACAAAAGGGAGCGAGGAGAGGAGGUGGAAGCCGGAGGAAGCCAGGCUGAGCUGAAAGGCCGCAAGAUGAGGAGGAGGAGGAGGAGGAGGAGGAGGAGGAGGAGGCCACUGUGGGUGGGAUGCAGAAGAACAUUUGACAAAGCUUUGGAGAGAGACAGACUUCAGAGUCCUGACAUUUUUACAAAAAGCAAAACAUAACUAGAAAAUGUUACUUUGAAGACAAUCAUAUUUAGUGGGACAUGUUAAAGUGAUUGCUUAUGUACUUGUCUAGAGACGAGUAGAACACAUUCACGUCUAAACCACAUGCUCCUCAGCUCCUCAGCCAGCCCUCUCUCUCCCCGUCCCUAGCCAGCAGCCUUCCAAAGCCCCGACCCCUCUCCCCCCCCCCCCCCGAACCCCCUGCUCCGUAACUGUUAUGUGAUUUGAGCGACGUGUUCAGCUUGUAAUUCUUCUCGUGUUGACAUUGGCCUCAGCUGCCUCUUGGAUGAGUUUAUCUCUCUUUUUUAUUUUGUUUUUUUUGUUGUUUUUAAGAAACAAAAGGCCGUCUCUGUGAGUAAUGUGAUGGUGCUCGUUGGUCACUUUUGGGAGAAAAAAGUGGGCCCCACUGUGGCUGAAUUGGUGGUAAAGUGAGGUUUACAAUAACUUUGAACAGGGUGUUAAAUGUUUAAGCAGGCUUGAUAUUAAACAAACCAAGAGAGAAAGUGAGAGAGAGAGAUCACAGAACGUAUCGUGAUGUGUUUUCAUAGCCAACCAAUGUGAUCAGGCUCGCUGCAAACAGACUAGUAAUGGGAGUACAGCAACUUUUUCUUUUCUUAGUUCUCUGUCUCAAGCACUUCAAGAACGAGUGGAUAUGACGAUGAGUGUGAGAGGAAGGUGAAAGCAGGGGAUCAGUCAAACAUUUCUUGUCUUUUUGAAUUCAUUCAACCCAAAGUAACUCGAGGUUUUUAGGUUCUCUGUGUGCAUCAUGUCGGUCAAUAAUUGCUUUACAAUCAGAAGCUGUUAUAAUGUGGAAUGCUAAACAAAUUCACAUCUAAUGGUAAAGUGCAUCAGUUUUAGGUGAGCAGCCUAUUGAUCAUUAAACAAGCCACCGUCAUUCAGAUACAAUGACGGUUAUGUUCUCGAUUAAUCGAUUAGUUUGGUCUAUAAAAUGUCAGAAAAUGGUGAUAAAUGUCGGUCAGUGUUUCCCAAAGCCCAAGAUGACGUCCUCAAAUGUCUUGUUUUGUCCAAAACUCAAA